UAAGUUGGGCUAAUGUUUGUUUAUUUUGGUUUUGUUGAAUUUUUAAACAAAAGUGAAAUUUUUUAAGUAAAUGGAAACCGAAAUAUUAAAUUUAUUAAAAUUUCUUCCAAACUUCGAAGAAAUCAAACAUUUAACUGUAGACGAAGAUGAAGCAGAUUACAUAUUAUCGUUGGCAAGUGAAAAUAUUAAAGAAAUUCUCGAGGCCAACAAUAAAUCCUUUGAGGUAGAUCUAUCAACAACUGAAAUCGAAGAAGUUUCAUUUCUCGUUGAAGAAUUAACGUUUCAAUUCUGGGAAAAGACUCAUACUGGAAAAUUUUGCGAUGUGCCUUUGAAAACACGUAAAAUCUAUACUCUUUCCUGUUUUUAUAGAAUUGUCUACUCUUUAAUUUCUAGUCAUGAUCAACAGCAGUUGGAGGAUUGUAGUGAUUAUUUGGAUCAAGGUCUUCUAGUUGGAUAUUUAGAUGACAUACACGAAAAAUGUUACCUGUUUAGAGAUGCCAUAAUGAAGUUCUUGGAUGAACAUAUUGCAACUCUAAAUAUAAAACUACCUUAUAUCGAUCCAAUCGAGCACAUAGAAGCUCCAUGUGAUAUACCUAUCCUCGAGUGCCCAACAGUGGAAGACUUUAAAGUCAAUCACUUCAUCCCACUUAAUCCGGCUCUGCUCCGGGGAACAAUAAAUGACUGGCCAGCUCUUACUAAAUGGAGAGAUAUGACGUAUAUCCUCAAAGUUGCAGGAAAUCGCAAAGUUCCCAUUGAAAUUGGUACAAACUACACGUCAGAUGAAUGGACUCAGCAGUUUACAAAACUUCGUGAUUUCUUGAAACGACAUUUCGCCGAAAGACCACCGGACAGUGAGCAGCUUGAGGUUGAAUAUCUGGCACAGCAUGAUCUAUUCGAUCAUGUUCCAGUGCUAAAAGAUGACAUCAUCUGUCCGAAAUAUUGCAGCCUUGGAGAGAAAUCUGAUAAAGUUGAUAUCAAAGCAUGGCUAGGACCAAAAGGAACAAUUUCACCCAUGCAUCAAGAUCCAAGACAUAAUAUUCUCUGUCAGGUGUUUGGCAGAAAACGUGUUAUCUUAGCAUCACCAGAUGACACAAAAUUUCUUUAUCCCCACGAAACUGAGUUCUUCCUCAACACUUCGCAAAUCAAUGCUGAGGAACUGGAUUUUGAUAAAUUUCCACUUAGUAAAAAUGUUAAAUUCUACCAUUUGACUUUGCAGGAAGGCGAAUGCCUUUACAUGCCACCGAAAUGGUGGCACUACAUUCGCUCGGAAAGUAAAAGUUUUUCAGUUAACUUUUGGUUUGAGUAGGAAACGGCUGUGUUUUAAAUUAAUGGAGAA